AUGGGAGAGAGAGGAGAAGGGGUUCCCCAUGGGAACGCGGCCCCCGUAGACGGCCCAAUGAGUGGACUAGAGUCCCAGAGAGAGAGAGGGGACGUCCACAUCAUUACAGACGUACACACACCCAUAGUCACCGGGAAGAGCCCACUCCCCCUCACCACUAUACCUGGAGCGCCAGCUACACCGCACAACCCGGACGGAGAGAUAGGGCCCGUACACCUCCCGUCUCCACACCUGCUGCACGACCAGGUGGGCGUGGUGGACUAUGCUCCGUACAAGGCCCUCUUCAUGCAGACUCUGUCCAGAGGUCGUUCCUGCUUCCUGGGUCUGCCCUGUCUGCCCUCUCUGUCCUGUCUGUCCUCUCUGCCCUGUCUGCCCCCUCUGCCCUCUCUGCGAGGUCACCCCCAGAGGAACUGGAAGAGGUCGCCAGAUAAGGCCAUGAGUGGAAGCAAGACGACUCUGGAGGAUCUGCCCAUCGUCAUCGGAGAAGAUAUAAAGUGUCUUCUCAGAUCCUUCUGGGACAAACUUCGAGCUCAGGACAUCACUGAGCAGGAGGCCAAGGCCAAGAUGGAGGACAUGUUCAUGGAUCUGAUCCGUGUGUCGGCCAAUGAGGUCCUCAGGGCGCUGGUGACCGGGAAGUGCCUUUAUGAGUGUUCCCCUGGUGAGGUGCAGGUGUCGCACACAGGAGUCAGAGCUUCUCUCAGCCCCAUCUUCAGAACCUUCCUGAAAACCAAGUCCACAGAUGAGUUCGUCGCCCUGGACCGAGUCAUCAAACUCCUCAGUGCAGAAGUGACUAAGACGGUCAACUCUGUGCUGAAGGACAACUGUGGCUUUGAGAGUCUGCUGCUGGUGGAGCAGAAGGACUGCUCCACAGCACGGAGCACUCUGCACCACAUCGCUGCUCAGGCUUCUAUGUUCCUGCCCCACAUGACCUUCUCCGACCAGUGGGACCGACUCAUCCAGGCCGAGAUCUCCAAAGGUCUCACUGAGAGCCACCUGAAAACAGAGGUGCUGGAAGUGGAGACGUCCAUCGAAGCCACUGAAGAGUCAGAACAGGAGAGAGCGAGGACAGAGGUCAGUGAGAGAAACCCUUCCCCGGGUCGAGCUCAUGUCUCUGCAGAACCUCUGAUGGAGCAGAUGGAGGUGACGCAGGAGGAGUGGGACAUUCUUUCAUUUGGAGAAGUCCUGAUGCAGAGACACUCCCCUGGGGUCCCCCACGAGGAGACCGAGACCCGUGAGGCCGAGACCCGUGAGGCCGAGACCAAUGGGACCGAGACCCAUGAGACCGAGACCCAAACCCAUGAGACUGAGACCCAUGAAACUGAGACUCAUCAGACCGAGCAGACCUCGUCGUGUGAACCGCCACAGAACCAGGAACCAGCUCAGAGCUCUUUGACCAAACCAAAGAAGAAGAAGAAGAGAAAGCAGAGACCGGCCCAGGACCUGCAGAGUGGGCUUGAAGUGACCAAGACCCCGGUUGAAAGAUUUUCCACGAGUGAAUCAGAAAAGUCUCCCCGUGUUGCUCCUGCACAGGUGACUUCAUCCAUCAGCGAGUCUCAGCAGGUGAAAACCAUCAGGUAUAACUCUGAUGCCCUGGUCCUGAUCCCAGACCAGACCCCAAUGAAGAGCAUCUCCAUGAACAAGCGAGAAAGGUCUCCCAUAAAGACCAGAUACUCUCCCUCUGAAACCCCGCUCAGGCCUCUGCAGCUGGUCCCAGACCAGGUCCCAGACCAGGCCUCAGAUCUCAUCAUGAAGAACCAUGAGCUCUCCUCUCAGUGGGAGACCAGUCAGAUCCAGGAUCUAGCGUGGGGGGUGUCCAGACAUAUUCUCCAGGACAAAGACCUGUCUCCGACACAUCCUCUGGUGACGAAGCUGUCUCAGCGACUGGAGGAACAAAUGUGGGAGUGGAGGAUAAAGGAGAGUCCGGACUGCAUCAAAAGAAUCACUUGUGACGUUUACAAAGAGCUGUGCUCAGGAAACAAGAAGACAUGGGUCCACUUUACUGCUUUGAUCCACGAAGGUUUCAGCGACUGCAUCAUCUCAGAGAUCCACAACCGCCUGGUUGGACCCAAGAAGAAGAGGAGCAGACUGAGCUCCUUCUUCCACUCAGUCCGCCACGCGCUGUGUAGAUACUGUUAA